AUGAACUCAAAACAGGCUAUAUUUGAAACGGUAGCUGAUCAAUCAGACACAAUUCCAUUAUGUCCUCGUUUGAAUUUAUUUCUAAAACCUUUUGCAAGGAUUUUGAUCACUGUUCAACUGGAUGGCAAGAGCAAAACAACAAUUUCCAAUUGGCAAAUCAUGGAGCGUUUAAAAGAAUGGAUAGAUCCAGACAAGUUUUCUCAUCUUUGUGUAGCAAAAACAUCUUCGGAAUUGAUAAGGUUUGACGCAGAACUAGCUGACCGUUCAAGAUUAUCAACAGUAUUAUCCCGUUUGUGUGAUAGACGAAUAAAAUUUCCUGGAUUUUCUCAUUUAUUGACUGUGCGAGCUAUUGAAUCUAAACCAGAUUUUCCUACUCGUCAUAAUUGGGAUUCAUAUUUUCGCGAUAGCAAAGAUAUGAAUGAACUAAAACCGGGUGAGCGUCCUGAUACAUUACAUAUUGAAAAUUUACCUGUAGAAUGGUUAACUGAACCUGGGGAAAAAUAUCCAAGUGAAAAUAUUCUAAAAAAAAUAUUCAGUGGAUUUGGGGAAGUAGCUCGGGUUGAUUUACCUGCUGCUGAUCCAUCAAGAGUAAUUCAUGGAGUAGGAAUCUGUGAUGCAUACAUACAAUUCAGAGAUUAUUCAGCUUUUGCAAAAGCAAUGGAUACAUUAAGAGGUAAUAAAUUAGCUUUUAUCACAGAUACAAAAGCACUAACAGCUAAUAUCAAAGUGGACUUUGAUAAAACAAAACAUAUGACUUUAAAUGCGAUAACCAAAAGACAUGAGCGCCGUGAUCGUUUUCUGAUGAGGAAAAAAGUAAUGGAAGAAACAGAAAGACUAGAAAAAGUAAAGGAGUUAAAAAAACGAGAAGAAGAAAAUAAAAAAAAACUUUUUGAACUGGAAAAAAAAAACGAAAGGCGUAAAUUACGAGAAGAAAAACGUAAAGCUAAACGUAUAAAGCGUUUGAUUGAUCGGGAAGCAGAUGUAAUGAAUCAAAAAAUUGCAACUGAAGAAAGACUUCUGUUAAAAACUCAAAGAAAAUUAGAAGCUAUUCAUUUAUUAGGAGAAUUGUUUACAAGGAUCAAAUUGAAAAUUAAUUCAAAAAGUAAUGAGGAAGAAGAAUCUGAAAAAAAUAAUUCCAAUUCAAAUAAUGUUCAAUGUAGAGAUAUCGAGUCUACUUUCAGACAAAGAAUGAUUGAAAAAUGGAAACCAUUUCAGAAUAAAAUAUUAAAAAACUUUACAAAUAACAAUAAUGAUUCUGAAAAUCGUAUUCAUAACAAUGACCAAAACAAUCGUGGCCGAGGACGAGGAAAUUGGAGAAGUAUUCGUGGCAAAAGUACACAUCAAUACUUAGGUCGUGGAGCAUACCUAAUGCCACCGAUGUUUGAUCCAAUGCAGUUGAUUAAUUAUGGACACAAGUAUCAUAAGUAUAUUCAAAAACUUAAUAAAAAUGCAGAUAAUGACCGGAGUCACAGCCGUAGUCGAAGCCGAAAACGAAAGCGUUCUUUUUCCAGUAGAAGCUCUAGGAGUUAUAGUCGUAGCCGAAGUCGAAAUAAAAGUUAUACUAGGUCAAGAAGUAGGAGUCGUACAAAAACUAGCUAUUCUAGAAGUAAAAGUCGUUCAAAAAGUAAGAGUCCUAAAAAAACCCUCAAAAGUCAUUCAAAAAGUGAGAGUCAAAGUAGAAGUAUAAAUAAAAGUUCAGAGAAAACAAUAGAAAGUAGUUCUAAACAUAAACAUAAGAAAAAGAGCAAAAAUAAGAAGAAUAAAAAGCUAAAGAAAUCUAAGAAAUAAUAUUUGGGUAAAGUAAUAUCAAAAGGAAAACACUUGUCUUUAUAAUUUUAGAUGUUUUAUUUAAAAACCAUUUGAUCAUACUUCUGGUUUUAAAGUAAACAUAAUUACAUUUUUAUUUUAUAUUUCCUACAAGUACUUCCAUACUUCCAUUAGGUAUUUAUCAAAAGAGGUGUAAUCGGAUAUUAUAUGUCCUAUUUUUUAGGCAUAUGUAAAAUGUUUGGCCUAUUUAUAAUGAUGUGAUAUACCACAAUAUAGUAACACAAUGACUUGAAGAUGUUGCUGUAAAUUAUUUUUGAUUUUUGUAAUAACAUUACUAAUAUAUUCAAAAUCACAUUAAAGUUUAUUUUGUAUUGUAUUUAUUAAAAAAAAAAAAAUAUACUUAA